AAUUAUCCCAGGAAGAAUUGCCAAGGAUGCCAAACCUGCCCAGGACCAACUUCAGCUUCACCACCUUCUUGCUGACUGGUUUCCCAGGCCUGGAAUGGGCUCACUGCUGGAUCUCCCUGCCCAUCUUUGCAGGCUAUCUAGUGGCUCUUCUGGGCAACAUCACCAUCCUGCACCUGGUCCGCACUGAGAACUCCCUGCACCAGCCCAUGUACUACUUCCUGGCAAUCCUAGCAGUGACAGACCUGGGUCUCUGCAUGUCCACUCUGCCCACAGUGCUGGGUGUGCUGUGGUUUGAUGCACGGGCCAUUGGGCUGGUGUCUUGUAUUCUGCAGCAGCAUUUCCUCUACUCCUUCUUUUUCAUGGAAUCUGCUGUGCUUUUUGCCAUGUCCCUGGACCGCCUGGUGGCCAUUCGCUUCCCACUGCGCUAUGCCACAAUUCUCUCUGGCCCCCGUGUGGCACUGGCUGGGGCAAUACUGGGUCUGAGGACGGUUGCUAUCACAGCAGCCCCCUCAAUCCGCUUGUUCACCUUCCAGUACUGCCGCCCUGGAGCCCUCUCUCAUGCUUAUUGUGUACACCAAGACAUGAUACGCCUGGCCUGCUCUGACACACGCUUCAACAGCAUCUAUGGGCUGUGCAUUAUCAUGUUGGCCAUGGGCUCCGAUGUUCUCUUUAUCCUGAUCUCCUAUACCAUUAUUCUCUACACUGUACUCUCCAUUGCCUCUGCCAGGGAGAGACUAAAAGCCCUCAACACAUGUGUGUCCCACAUCCUGGCUGUGUUGUGUUUCUAUGUGCCUGUGCUUGGCUUAUCCAUUGUUCACCGCUUUGGACGCAAUGCUUCCCCUGUUGUGCAUGUGCUUAUGGGUACAGUUUCAGUACUUUUUCCUCCUCUGAUGAAUCCUGUGAUCUAUAGUGUCAAGACACAUCAGAUCCGUCGAGCCAUCCUCAAGGUGGUCUCUUUGGGGAAACACUGAUGAUGGGUUUGGGGCAUGCCAUGGGCAAAAUACUAGAAGCUAUUUGGCAAUAUUCUACACUCAAACAAUGAUUUAUUUAAUAAUAUUAAGUUUUAAACAGAAGGUGAUACACAUGAAGACUUCUUAAGAACUUUUGAAUUUAGAGUUCAGCAGUUUCAAUAGAUCUGGACAAAUGUGACAAAAGCACUUGCUAUGGUAGUGACUA